AUGCCCGCCGUCACCCGGUCAGUCGUUCCAAGCCUUGAUAAGACGAACCACACCAAGGGAGCGAGAGAAGAUGAGAGGGAUGACUGUCCCAUCCCCGUAGAAGCUGAACCGGUCUCUGUCCUGCUUUUCCCGAUGCGUGGAAACGUGUUAUUGCAGGCGGUCCCCAACUUCCCAAACUUGACCGCCUCAAGCAAUCUCGCUCCUCUUGGCAAUGAAUGGUAUUGUGGCUCGCCGAGGUGGCUAAAAGUCAGCAAGUUGCACCACACAGUCGUAUUCGUCGGCGGCGCCUGCAUGAUGGGACGACGAGUUGGAACCGCUGCCAAACCUAAAACACUAAGGCUCCAAACAUCUUUGGAUAUGGGGUCCGCUGCCGUCGUCCCCCUUUACCCCGAUGGUAGAGGAGGUCUUCACAAGAGCCCUUGCUCCAAAGUCAAACUUAGCGUUCCGGCUCGUAGGGAACUCGUUUCUGUGACUGUCGACGCGGAUGCAAUCAUCAUUGUCAGCAUCUGUGGCGCUGGCAGGCAGACACUACAAUCCGAGACGUCAUCGAUCCAGAAGUGUCUGGCAUGA